AUGGAUAUCGGCAGCAACCCUAAACGCGACGGCAGCUUCUUCAAGUACUGUGGUGGCGACCACCGCAAGAACCACCACAGUACGGCGGCGGCCAACGUCCACCACCACCACCACCACGGUUUCGGCGGUGCAGUUGUGAAAAUUGUGGUAGUGUUCGUGAUGAUCGGUCUAACUUUUGUAUUUGUGAAUAAAUCGGAUAAUUCGACUUCGACUCGGUUUGUGGACCGAUCUUCUCCUCCGUCUUUCGAUGUUUUUGAAGAUGAUGAGUUCAAAUCUGAAGAUUUAUCAUCCUAUGGAAAAGAAGAGAAUAACUUGGAGAACAUAUUGAGAAGAGCAGCAAUGGAGGACCAGAAAACAGUAAUAAUAACAACACUAAAUGCAGCAUGGACCGAACCACAUUCAAUAUUCGAUUUAUUUUUGGAGAGUUUCAAAAUCGGGGAUCGAACACAAAAUCUUUUGAAACAUUUGGUCGUUGUGGCUUUGGAUCAGAAAGCCUACUCUCGUUGCUUAGAAGCACAUCUCCACUGCUUUGCCCUCGGCGGCAGAGGUGGCGGCGAAGACUUCUCCGGCCUAGCGUAUUUCAUGGGCGGCAAAUAUUUGAAGAUCAUGUGGAAGAGAAUUGAUUUUCUACGCACCGUUCUUGAAAUGGGAUACAACUUUGUCUUUUCGGUAAGUACUCCAGAUGCUGACGUAAUGUGGCUAAGGGACCCGUUUCCAAGAUUCUACCCGGAUGGCGACUUCCAAAUCGCAUGCGAUAGAUAUAACCACAACUCAACGGAUUUGGGCAAUUUACCAAAUGGAGGGUUCACUUACGUCAAGUCGAACAAUCGGACUAUCCAGUUCUACAAAUUCUGGUACAACGGGAAAGACUAUUUCCCGGGAAAACACGAUCAAGACGUGUUCAACCUGAUAAAGUUCGACCCAUUUAUCUCGGAUAUCGGGUUGGGGAUCCGGUUCUUGGACACUGCUUAUUUUGGCGGGUUUUGUCAACCUAGCAAAGAUCUGGAUUUAGUUGUGACGAUGCAUGCGAAUUGUUGCAUCGGGUUUGAGAAGAAGAUCCAUGAUAUUGCAAUGGUGAUUGAUGAUUGGAAGAGGUAUAUGGGGAAUCAUAACUCGGGUCGGGUUUCUUGGACCGUUCCACGUGAGUGCGGUUUGAAUAAAACCGAGUAAUUUAGAGAGUACGAGAAUUAUGUGUAGUUGUAGAACAAUA